AUGCCGCGCAUCAUCUUCGCAGCCGCACGGCAAGCGCCGCCGCUGCUGCUGCGAGCCAGUCGACGGCGACUGCCAGCAGCGACUCGUCUCGUAUCGACGUCGACCACCCCUCAAGCCAGCUACUUCCCGCCGCCAGAACCUUUCCUGCCCCCAUCCAGCAGCGCAGACGCAGAGCCCUUAUACCCACCACCAUCCUCCUUCUCCACGUUUGGCGCCUCGCCAGACCUCCUCUCCCGCUACCUCAACCUCUCACCGGCACCGCUGACGCUGCGACAGCUGAUGGCGCAGGGCGGCAAGCCUGGUCAGCCUCCGACGCCCCAGCAGCUCCUCGCCUCGGCGCAGCACACGCAGCGCGAGCUGCCCAUCCGCCUCGCCCGCCGCGUCGGCGGCUUCAGGGCGCUUCCCUUCAUCGUAGGCAGCAAUCCUUUUAUCUCAAAGAUUGCCAGGCUGUACGCUGGCAGCUUCGAGACCAUUGCCAAGUUCGGGCCCAUCCAGACGCAGGAGGACAAUGUCAAGUUCACCGCGGUCCUCGAGGACCUCGUCAGUGCCCACGCCCAAAACAUCCCGACGCUGGCCCGAGGGUUCCAAGAGUCGAAGCGCUACAUGGACGCUCGUCAGAUCUCUUCCUUCCUCGACGGGGCGAUCCACAGCCGCGUCGCGAUCCGCAUGAUCGCCGAGCAGCACCUUGCCCUCUCGGCCACCUCGCAGGGCAUGGAACACAUCCGCCCGGCGCUCUCCAACAACCUGCACCAGCUCGACCCAGACCUGCCAUCUCCCUCGUCGCCCGAGGAUUUGAGCGCGCACGCCUACGGAUCGCCCACGGCCAUCGGCAUCAUCGAGACGCAGCUCUCGCCGGCGCGCAUGACGAGGAUGUGCGCCGACUUUGUCCGGGAUCUGUGCGAGGCCACACUAGGGUCGGCGCCGGAGCUGCAGCUCGAAGGCGACCUCGAGGCCACGUACACGGGCGUUCCCGUGCACCUCGAGUACGUCAUGACGGAGCUGCUCAAGAACUCGUACCGCGCCACUACCGAGGCUCACUUGCGCUCCAAGUCGCCGGGCGAGAUGCCGCCCGUGAUUGUCACGAUUGCCCAGAGCGCCUCGCACAUCUCGCUGCGGAUCCGCGACCAGGGUGGCGGAAUUUCGCCCAGCAACCUGCCCCACAUCUUCUCCUACGCCUUUACCACUGCCGGGUCGUCGGACGGCAGCAGGAGCGAAGAAGACGAGGCCGAGGAGACGGGAGGCGGGCCGUACGCGAUGCAGGCGGUGGGUGGCACCGGGGGCGAUGCGCUGGCCGAGAUGGGCAAGAUGGGGCUCGCUUCCGGGCUGGGUACGCUGGCGGGGCUGGGCUACGGCCUUCCCAUGGCCAAGAUCUACUGCGAGUACUGGAAGAAUCAGUCUUCGCUCGACCUGGUCAGCCUGUACGGCCACGGGUGCGACACGUUUGUCAAGCUGCCCCGACACAUUGAGCUCAGCAACACCGUCAUCUGA